GAGGCGACGGCUGCUGUGUCCUUGAACUCAUCACAGUGGACCAGCGAUGAUGAUGAUGAUGAUGAAGAAGAAGAGCGGGAGCUCGGACACAGUGGAGCUGAGGUGAUGAGGGUGAUGUCGCGCGCGUGCAGGAGCUCACAGUUUGGACAGGUGUGAGACCUGUGGAGGGAACACAUGGAUGAAGGUCCGGAGCAGAUGUUUGGAGGAGGAGGACACUCGUGGAUGUAGCUGCACACACACACACACACACGCACAGGCACAGACCCGGGCCCGCAGCAGCUCCACAUGGAUGGAUCAUGAAGACGCCGGCUGCCGGUGUGAGUCCUCGCCUCUCAUGGAGCGUCUCGUUCCCCUGACAGUGCCGCUCCUCUCGGACAUCCCCGGCCCCCGUCACUCACCAUGAGGGCAGCAGCUCCGUGAUUCCUCCCCGUGGAUCUUUUCUCCAGCUUCUUCUCUCUUGCUGCUCACGCAGGAUUUAUCAUUUAUUUAUCAGCUGCUGGAUUUCUUUGUGUUCAUUUUUCCACCCAGUUUCUGUGUCUUGUGUGAGGCCGGGCCGUGAUGGCAGGCGGCCGGCUGGAGGCGCAGGACCACCCGCCAGAGAACGGCUUCACUCCGCUGGAGCACCCGGUGCCGCGGCUGCUGCCGCACAUCGACGGCUCGGUACUGCCGUCUCUGGGCGGGUUCGGGAAACACCAGAAGCAGCUCGUGGUCCUGACCUGGAUUCCAGCUUUGUUCAUCGGAUUCAGCCAGUUUUCGGAUUAUUUCCUCCUGGCUCAGCCCACUGGCACGUGCGUGCAGCCCCUCGCGAACGACACGAACUGGACCGAGGCGCCGGUUACCGUAGGAGCGCCCGCGCUGCUCCAUCUCAACGGCACCGACACCGGGGAAGGCUACGGGGAGGGCGGCGGGGGCCCCUCACUGUGCGCCUGUAAGGAGUGGAGACUGGAGCUGCAGACGGGACUCAGUCAGAAUGUGGUUACCAAGUGGAAUCUGGUGUGUGACUCUGCCUGGAAGGUGCACAUCGCCAAGUUCUCUCUGCUAGUGGGCUCCAUAUUUGGCUACCUGGUGAUGGGUGUCAUGGCUGACUGGUUCGGUCGACAGCCCGUGUUGAUUCUCUCUGUGCUUUUCAUGCUGGUGUUUGGUCUGAGCGUUGCCUUCUCUGUAAACGUCACCAUGUUCAGCACGCUGCGCUUCUUUGAGGGUUUCUGCUUGGCGGGCCUCGCUCUCUCCCUCUACGUACUCAGGAUUGAGCUCUGUUUGCCAGCAUGGCGCUUCUCCAUGACGAUGGUGGCCAGUUUCCUCAUGGUGGGCGGGCAGCUCCUGAUGCCGGGGGUGGCCGCUCUGUGCCGCCAUUGGCCGCUGACGGACCGCGACGACUGGCAAGUGCUGCAGAUCGUCAUAAUCAGCCCUUUCGUUCUGAUGCUGCCCUAUGUCUGGAUUUUCCCUGAAUCGCUGCGCUGGUUGCUGGCCACCCAGCACUACAGGCGCUCCAAAGCCAUGAUGCUGCACAUAGCCAAGAAGAACCAGGUUGACAUGGAAACAGAGCCCAGUGGGGUUCUGACAGAGCUGGAGCAGGAGCUGCACAGGAAACCCCAGAGGACCUGCAUUGUCAAGAUGAUGAGCACCAGGAACCUGUGGAAAAACAUUGUGGUGCUGUGCGUCAACUCCCUGACAGGUUAUGGGAUCCACCACUGUUUCGCCCGCAGUAUGAUGGACCCAGAGGCCCAGCCCACCGCUCUGUGCCACGCAGACUAUUACACUAUGGCUGGCAUCGCUAUGGCAACCUGCCUGGCACUUUGCCCCGCGGUGGGGCUGAUGGGACGUCGCGGAGGACUCCUCACCUUCAUGAUCAUAACAGCGCUCGCGUCGCUGCUGCAGCUGGGUUUGCUCAACCUCAUUGGAAAGUACAGCCUUCGCCACGACACAGUCCUGCGCGACAGCCUGAACAGGAAAUUCUCUGUGGCGUUCUCCAUCAUCGGCAUGUUCUCCUCGCACGCCGUCAGCGUACUCAGCAUUUUCUUUUGUGCUGAAAUCACUCCCACGGUCAUCAGGGGUGGAGGCCUGGGUCUGGUCCUGGCUAGUGCUGGCUUCGGCAUGCUCACCGCUCCCAUCAUGGAGCUCCACAACCAGAAGGGCUACUUCCUGCAUCACGUGAUCUUUGCCUGCUGCACCCUGCUGUGCAUCAUCUGCCUGCUGCUGCUGCCUGAGCCGCGGGGCCAACCCCUGCCCGAGAGCCUGGCGGACGGGGAGACCUUCACCCGGCAGACCCUGCUCCGCCCUGGGGAGCAGCACCUGCUCCUCACCAAGAGCGACAGGGACUACUCGCGGGUCCACGACACACCGCUGCACCUUUCCGCCACCGGGGGCACUACAGUGGCAGCAGCCACCGCUCUGGCGGCCGUUCCCGCCUCAUAUGCCCUGGCAACCGGCGGGGAGGUGAUUGGAAAUCAUGCCAUCGCCAACGGAGUGUGAGCUUCCGAGCAAUAGAGCUCCGGACGUUAAGUGACUUAGUGGUGUUUACGCCGCCAUGUUGGCAGGAAAAAGCUUCUGCGACUCCACUAGACCAAGAUCGAGCAAUAAAUCGCACAAUCUGACCGACUGAAUCCAUCCGGCCCCCCCGGUGCUUCUUUCACAAGUAUGGAGACAUCGUUCCAGACAUCUUCACAUUUAUGAUUCAUUUUCCUCGUCCUACUCAGGAGAAAGGCAAUAAAAGCAUGUCAAAUAAAGAGGAUAUUAGAUUUAAUUAGCACUGGAUUCUGUGCCUGAUCUACAGGCUUCGGUGGCUUCUGUCUUCUGUGAUCGCCUGGUGCGAGUGACAUUUUCCCAGACUGUCCACCAUCUUCCCUUUUAUAUCUUUGACAGCCGCCAAAAAGACCAGUUGGAUUUGGACCUGUUUUCCUGCCAAAAUGGCGUUGCUUUGGCUCCAAAUGUUGCCUGACGGGGAUUGCGUGACCGGAGCUCUGUAGCUCCCUGCUCCUAUGAAACUGCUCACGCAGAAAACUGAACUAAACGUUGUUUCCUUGGAAAUGAAAAGACUUUUAAGAGGGAAAAACUAAAAUCUUCCUAUGAACUCCUGCAGUGGUAGAUUUUGAGGUGAAAAUAGUACUUUUGUGUAGUUUGUAGUGAUUAUGACUCAUUCAGGAGUUGCCAAAAACAUUAUUGUCCUGACCACGUUUACCUGAAGUAGGUGUGUGUGAAAUUACAUGAAGGUUUUCAGUGGUGUGUGGUUUUUUUUUCUUGCGGCGACAUCUGCAGGAGCUGCCAUUAACGUGUGCUCUGUGAGUUUUCGGACUCGUUGAAAGACGAUUUCACUACAUCUUGUCAUUUUUUACUUUGCACUAAACGUCAGAGACACAAUCAAGUGUUUGUGAUAUUUAGCCAAACGUUGGAGACGCAGGGAUUGGCUAAACCACUACCACUCUUUUGCAUGAAAAUGGCACAAAAUUGUUUUUAUUUUCUUUUGUCAUGUAAAUUCAUGUCCUUUACUCGUGGUCCCUCUACAUGAAGGCCGAUGUGGCACUUUAUCCUCAGAUGCUGAGGUCUGAGUAGACACUGAUUUACUGCCAUAGCUGUGGGUGUAUGAUGGUUGUGUCGGAUGUGACGAGCAGCCGGAAAAACCUCGGCAAACGGUGUAGAUGUGUAGCCUGUGGGUCGCGCUAAACAAAUCCGAGAGCUGAACAGACGUUAGGGGCGGACCAGUGGGCGGACCAGUGGGCGGACCGUGGUCUUAUGAUGCAUCUCGGCAUUUUAAAUGGCUUUAUCGCGAUGGCUCUGUUCUAUAACAAAACAGAGAAUGUAAUUGAUCAAAAACCAGUAUUUAUUUUUUGUCACGUUGCCAAGGGCAAAUUUGUUACUUGAAAUACCUCCUUAAUCAGUAAACGUUUCCACUCAAACUCUCCACCCCCGUGUUCUCUGUGAAGUGGUGAUUUUGUUGUAAUCCUGCUCUCGGGAUCAGAAAGCACAGUAUCUUUAGUUUCUUUGAAAUAAGCGUUUGUGACGAUUAGCGUGUAGCAGUGUAGACCUGGCCUCGUCGUGAUAAGUGUACAUUUAUACACUUUACUAUCUAAGUAUCCCUUAAGGAGUGUGUGUGUACAUGUGCCAUUAAUUCAUAGCAUAAUACUUUAUAGCACACUGCGUAGAUAAAACUCUUUGUUUCUAAAUAAUUGGGAAUGCACAGAUUGUAUUCUGAAAUGAUAUUUAGUACACAGCUCGUAGUUUGAGGACAUUGUAAGGUUCGGUACUUUGUAUGUUUUACAAUAAAAAGAACAAACACACACACACACGCACACACAAAAAACCCAGAACAAACACUAAUACUGUUUUUUAAGUGUCAUUUUUUAAUAUGAUGCAUUUGUAAAAAAAGAAGAAAAAAAGCCAUGGGCCUACAUGUUUUGAUAAUGAAACACUUAAUUUAUUAUGUCAAUAAAAGAACACUUGAUGUGA